AUGGUAGAACUCUCUAUGUUCAUUGAGUAUGAGAUGGUUGUGGAAGGGAACUUGGUUCUAGUUUUGGGGGGCAGGAUUUUGAGUUUAUGUUUCUGGAUAGGGAUCAUUUUUAGGCUUCACAAAAGACAAAAAAGAACAACUGGAAGCUUAGAGGUCUUGUAUCAAAAAGACAAUAUCAUAGCCCUGCUUCAUUGGGAUUUGAAGAGAAAAAUGUCGUUCAAGAAAUCGAAAUCAGGAUCUGAAAAAACAUUAACUACUGAAGAGCAGCAGACCAAGAUUGUAGAAGUCAGAAGGAUAAUUGGUCCAAUUGCUGACAAGUUCUCUGCUGUGUGUUCGGAUGCAUCAAUUGUAAGAUACCUUAGAGCACGUAAUUAUAAUUCUAUGAAGGCUGCAAAGAUGUUGAAAGGCACCAUAAAAUGGAGGCUGGAGUUCAAGCCUGAGAAGAUUGAAUGGGAUGAUAUUGCUCAAGAAGCUGAGAGAGGAAGGCUGUAUAAAGCUGAUUACUUGGACAAGCAAGGAAGGAUUGUUUUUGUUAUUAGACCUGGUAUUCAGAGUACAAACACACCAAUUGCGCAAAUCAAGUACCUCAUUUACUGUUUGGAGAAUGCCAUAUGGAAUCUAGGUUCCAAUCAAGACCAGAUGGUUUGGCUUAUUGAUUUUCAAGGAUGGAGCACAGCAUGCUUAUCUAUGAAGGUCGCACGAGAUACUGCUCAAAUCCUGCAGGCUCAUUACCCUGAGAGGUUGGGCUUUGCAAUCUUUUACAACCCACCAAAAGUGUUCGAGUCAUUUUGGACGUAUUGUUGUAUUUGCUUUGUGUGUUUUGUAAGCAUAUUCUUUUCAUGGUACCAGAUGGUGAAACCGUUUCUAGAACCCAAGACUCACAAAAAGGUGAUAUUUGUUUAUCCUGAUAACCCAAGGAGCUGCAUGGUGAUGGAAGAACACCUUGACAUGAACAAACUGGAAUCCUAUUUUGGUGGGAAAAAUACAGUUGGAUUCAACUAUGAAGCUUAUGCUCAAAAAAUGAAAGCAGAUGAGAGUAAUAUGUCUGACGUUUUUGAUUCAUGUUGUUCAUCAUCACCCCGAUUUUUAAACUCGGAAUUUCAUGAAUCAGUGAAGUCAGAAAGCAAUGCUUCUGUGGAUGAACCAUCUAAUGAUGAAGAAAUUUGUUCAAACUUGGAAGAGGUUGAUGAUAGUACAAAUGGAAAGAUGCCUUGCUCCGAAUAUGAAUUCAAGAAGGUUAAUGAACCAAAAAAGACAUGA